AUGCCACUUCGCUGGGAUAUAACCUCCUCGGAAGCUGGAAAGCUGGAGGACAAUGGAGAUACCGAGCUCAAGGACUCUGUGUGUUGCAGUGCAGCCUUGGAUCCGCAGUGGAACCACAAUCCGCCCGGGCGCCCAGCCUUCGGGCCGGAGACGCUCCAGACCAGCAACUACUCCCUGGUGUUACUGAUUCAGCUCAGCCUGCUCUCCUUCGACCUGUUCGUCAACUCCUUCAGCGAGCUGCUGAGGACCGAACCGGCCGUCCAGCUCGUUCUUUUCAUCAUCCAGGACAUUGCCAUCCUGUUUAACCUGAUCAUCAUUCUGCUGAUGCUGUUCAACACAUACGUGUUCCAGGUCGGCCUGGUUGCCAUACUACUGGAGCGAUUUAGAGCCUUGCUAAUGCUCUCUGCUCUCUACUUGACCUUCAGUAUCAUACUCCAUUCUUGGCUCAUGAAUGUGCGCUGGCUCAACAACAACAGAUUUAUUUGGACAGACGGCCUUCAGGUUCUGUUUGUGUUCCAAAGAGCCGCUUCUGUGUUGUACUACUACUUCUACAAGAGGACCUCGGAGUAUCUGGGUGACCCUAGACUCUAUGAGGAUUCACCGUGGCUCAGAGACGUCUUCGCUCGGGUCAGACAGUGAUCUUGCUGCAUCAGAGCAGCGAAUGUAAAAAAACUAUAGAAAAACUGCCCUUGAGUAUAGAAAUGAAAAACUAUACAGUAAAAAAAUAAAAAAAACUUAGAUACAUUUUAUUUGAAAGUAGAGGAAAUGUGUUCUGAAUGCAUUUACAAUCAUGACCUCAUUUACAUUUUGGCAGCACUAGUUUGCAAACUGGAAAAAAAAACUUACUUUUAGGAACACAUCCAUUAAAGGUGUAAUUACCAGGCCAACAACGUAUUCCUCGUAACAUUUCCUUUCACUGCAGGGAGGACUGUGCCAAAAUCUGGGAGUGUUUUAGAACAAUGAGGAGAAACUUUGUUUGUUGAUCAAAUGUUAAAAAAAAAAAAAAGUAAUUUUUUUACAUAUAUAUUGUGUUGUUAUCAGCAACAACAUGCCCUUUUUUCUUUUGUUGUUGCUGUCCUGUUUUUGUAAAGACUAUACUGCAUUUGUUUUAUAUAAAUCAGCUUGUAAUGUCGACAGUGAACCGGGUUUGAACUUUUACGGCUCAGCCAGUUACUGUCUGUGACAUACAACUGAUCAUGUGCAUCUGAACUGACCGUCUUUCAUUUUAAUAUAACACACGUGCUUAAAAUACAACAAAAUGUCAAAUAA